CAACAAGACAAAGUCAAAUAAUUUGUAUAUUUCUAUCUUAAUAAAAACACACACUGAUAUUACCCUACAUAAUAUCUCCUGUGUUUCGCAUCAUGGCCUUGGAGAAGAUUUGUGGAAUGGAUAAGCCAGCGUUUAUGAGGGGAUUUGGUUCGCUCACUUCCCAACAGACAAUCGACCAAAUAAGGCUGGCUUCGAGUAAUGUGGAUAAUCCGUUCGCAAUAAUGGCUCCACCAUUUGAGAGUCCCCGGGAACGACUCAAUGAAUUGGCAGCCCAGAGUAAUGUGCGUAUGGACUAUGAUCACGGUACCACCACGGUGGGAUUCGUUUACAGAGGCGGCAUUGUCCUGUGUGUGGAUUCCAGGGCCACCGCGGGGAAAUAUAUUGGAUCGCAGAGCGUUCAGAAGGUGGUGCAGGUGAAUAAGCAUAUUCUGAGCACCAUUGCCGGGGGAGCAGCUGACUGCAUUUACUGGGACCGCGUUUUGACCAGGGAGAGCAGACUUCACGAGCUACGCUACAAGGAGCGAUUAUCUGUGCGAUCCGCUGCCAGAUUUAUCUGCAAUGUGGCAGCGGACUACAAGGGAAUGGGUCUCUCCAUGGGAAUGAUGUUGGCGGGUUGGUCCGCUGAAGGCCCCAGUCUGGUUUAUGUGGACUCCGAAGGGCUGCGCAUCUACGGAAAGGUGUUCGCCGUGGGCAGUGGGUCCUCGUACGCCCUGGGUGUUCUGGAUAAUGACUACCGCUUUAACCUCAGCGACAUUGAAGCCUACGAUCUGGCCUUUCGGGCAGUGUAUCGUGCUACCUUCAGGGAUAGUUUUUCCGGCGGUCUGGUGAGACUAUAUCACAUGGACCAAAGUACCUGCAGAAAUGUGGAGAACAAAGAUUGCCAAGAGUUGCAUGAAAAAUACUCCAAAAGUAUAACAAAUCAUGGAGUUGUGGGUGCUGAGCGCAAGCUUUAAAUUAUGUUAAGCCUUUCUUAAAAUUAAUGUUUACUUAUUA